UUUUGGCACUAUUUGGAGUUGGAAUGAGAUGACAUGGUGGACGAGUUCAAUCAUUCAAUAUUAAUAUUCACACCAACCGCUAAUACGUGAUGGAAAGCAGGGGCAAUGAAUAUGAAAAUAAUAAAUACGUUGUUCAGCUUUAAACGCACGUAGAUAUGUAUGAUUUGGUGAUGCAUUAUGGUUUGUUAAGAAUAGUUAUUUGUUUAUUCAUUUAUUUUCCACUUGAAGAUCCUGAUCCAAUUCUGAAGAUGUUGGAUCUGCGUAUUCUUAUUGGUGAACAAGUGACCAUAACGUUGUGUCGUUGUUCAAACGUGGCCAAGCGACAGAUCCCACUUGAAGUAAGUGGUUAGCCGAACCUGACAUGGUUAUGAUAUCAGUAAAUGGGACCAUUAUUCUCAACUAGUUCGUGGCAGCACAAGCAUGUGCAUAUUAAUUUUCUAAAGACAAAGUCUCGACAUUUUGCCACAGCAGAGCUACCACCAACUCUAUCUCCGCAUUAAUGGCCCAAACUAUGUAAUGCAUUGAAGAGACAAUGCACACUGUGGAGUUGUUUGUUCUUUUCUGAUAUUAUUUUUUCGUUAUAAGCCCCGUUGAAGGACAUAAUUUUCAUGACAGUGCUGCUGUUUUGAGGACGAAUACCAGACAUGGGGGAAGAAAAUGGCGAAGGAAGAUCCUUAGCUGACACCCCCACCUAUGCCGUGGCAACUGUGAUCACUGUCCUUGUUUCUUUUAGUUUCUUGUUUCAGGGCACGUUAAAAAAACUGGUAAAGUGGUUGGACAGAACCAAGAGAAAAUCUCUGCUUUCUGCUCUGGAAAAGAUCAAAGAAGAAUUGAUGCUUUUUGGGCUUCUGUCAUUGCUGAUGGGUCAUUGGAUUAUUUUUGUGGCAAAGAUUUGCGUUAAGUCAUCGGUAAUAAGCAGCAGAUUUUUUCCGUGCCCAUUGGAAAAGAAUUCUGUGAAACGUGUGGUCUGGUUGAGUUCAGAAUAUUCAAAUAGAACAGUUGUCAAAGGGCAAGUGAACAAUGGCUUGCGAAAUUAUUGCCCUGAGGGUCACGAAUCAUUGGCUUCUUAUGAAAGUCUUGAGCAGCUUCAUCGCUUUGUGUUUGUUCUUGGGGUCACCCAUGUUACCUAUAGCUUUCUUGCUGUUGCCCUGGCCAUGAUCAAGAUAUAUAGCUGGAGAACAUGGGAAAACGAAGCAAAGACUAUUGCUGUACAAAGCAUACAAGAUACUUCACAAAGUACAACAAGCAUAAGAUUGAGGCGGCUUAAUACAUUCGUCUUUCACCAUACAUCCCAUCCUUGGAGUCAUCACAAAAUUCUUGUUUGGCUGCUAUGCUUCAGCCGCCAAUUUUGGAGUUCUAUUCACCGAGCUGAUUACAUGGCAUUGCGCUUAGGCUUCAUUACUAACCAUGAUCUUCCCACAACAUACGAUUUCCACAACUAUAUGCUUCGAAGCAUGGAUGAGGAAUUUCGUGACAUAGUUGGAGUUAGCGUACUUCUCUGGGUAUAUGCCAUCUGCUGUAUUUUCCUAAAUUUUCAUGGUAGCAACUUUUACUUUUGGCUUUCCUUCGUUCCAGCAAUAUUGAUCCUUAUUAUUGGUACUAAAUUGCACCGAGUGGUAGUAAAGUUGGCUGUUGAAAUAAUAAAUCGUUGCCCAAAUAUGAAACCUCACCAAUUUAACUUAAGAGAUGAGCUCUUUUGGUUUGGAAAGCCCAGGUUCCUAUUACGGUUAAUUCAAUUGAUUUCCUUCUUGGUAAGCAAUAUUGUGUUUCCAUUUUGCUUUUUCAUUGCUGAUACACUUACAUUCUUUCUCCCUGUUGUAAUAUUUCAGAAUGCAUUUGAAAUGGCUACAUUCCUAUGGUCUUUGUGGGAAAUUAAAGAUCCUUCUUGCUUCAUGAACAACCGAACCUUUAUUGUGAUACGCUUGUCAUUCGGGGUCAUCUCCCAAGUCUGGUGUAGCUUUAUAACGUUUCCUCUCUACGUUAUCAUCACACAGAUGGGUUCAAGGUUCAAGAAGACCGUGGUCUCUGAAAAUGUGAGAAAAUCACUCUCUAAAUGGCAGAGAAGAGUGAAGGAGAGACAAAGUUAUUCUUCUGCACUCCUUACUGCAACAUCAACAGCAUCGAUAAGUUCUUUUAUCUGUGGAAACGAGCGUGGUUUGAUGACUGAGGAAGGAAGCUCCUCAGGGACUAAAGAUAUUUGUCUCUCUUAUCUUGAUCAUGUGUCAAGGACUCAAGCAGAUGCAUCAUUUCCAAGCUAUGAAAAUGAUCCUCAUGAUAUAAUCCAUGAUUCGUCUCCUCCAUUGUCUUGAGAUUGCUAGAGUGAUGGGUUAAAUCCAAAUACUUUAUGUAAUGCAUCUUUUAUUUUAA